UGCAUCACAUUAGAGUGUUUUUCUAACAUCUUCAGCACACACUGACUCGUUGAAGAUGCAGAUGCUGCUUUUAAGAACGAUCUUUGUCAUUGCAGGAUGUCCACAUGUUUUGUUGCACGGAGAAACCCGUGAUGCACACACCAAAGAAACAGGCAGGGUUACUCUUAGGAGCCUUCAUGAUCCGAAAGCCAGCGGCACACACCCUGCGAGGCAUCGAGCCGCAGGUACACCUGCCUUUGACAUCAAACACACUUCAGGAGACGACAGGAACUGGUCCUCGCAUCUCUGGAGUGCAGGUAAACCAGCUUACCUAAAAAAUCUCAUGUCGGCCACAGAUAGUGGCACAAACCUACAUAAGCGCUUGCGGCGACAUAAAAGGAAAAAGUUGAAUGGUGAGAUGCCUGCUACCAUGGGAACAGCAGAUGGACACAAUAACUCUAAGCCAUAUUCAAUGAGCAAGAGAGGAGACCGCGAGAGAAACCACAGACGCAAAAGAGGCACAAAGGAACACCACAAGAAAGCGUUUAAGAGGGGCCCGAAUAAAAGCACUGCCUCUUUGACACCAGUGGAAAGUUAUUAUAACGCCCUGACGUCCUCUUUAGCCCUGUGGGAACCGAUGCCCAAGCCUCAAGCCCUCACCUCCACAGAUUUCCCAUUUGAUCUCACCAGAUAUGCCGAAUUCCACACCCAACAGAUCGACGACCCAUGGGACGCCACGCCAAUGACCCCUCCGUACGCCGAGGACGAGGAGAGCGAAUUCUUCCCCAAUCCUUUCUACCCCGUCACCAGCGAGACGUAUGGGGCAUAUGCCAUCACUAUCGUUUCGCUCCUUAUUUUUGCUGUCGGAGUAACGGGGAACGUAGCAAUAAUGUGUGUCGUGUGCCAUAACUACUACAUGAGGAGUAUCUCAAAUGCUCUUCUGGCUAACCUGGCCAUCUGGGACUUUGCACUGCUCUUGUUUUGCCUGCCUCUCGUGGUGUUUCACCAACUCACAAAGACCUGGCUGUUGGGCCAGUUCACCUGUAAAGUCAUACCAUAUAUUGAGGUGGCGUCUCUCGGCGUGACCACCUUCACGCUCUGCGCUCUGUGCAUCGACCGCUUCCGCGCCGCAACCAACGUCCAGAUGUACUACGAGAUGAUCGAGAACUGCACCUCCACCGCCGCCAAACUAGCCGUCAUCUGGAUCGGCGCGUUACUCCUCGCCCUCCCCGAGCUCCUGAUUCGCCAGCUGGUGUCGGAAAACGGCGACGGCGCGUUAGCAUCAGAGCGCUGCCUAAUCCGUAUCUCCACUUCCCUCCCCGAUACGCUAUACGUUCUCGGCUUGACGUACGAAGGCGCGCGUUUGUGGUGGUGUUUCGGCUGCUACUUCUGCCUGCCGACGCUCUUCACCAUCGGGAGUUCGGUUGCGACGGCCCGACGGAUCCGACGUGCCGAGCGCGGCUGCGCAAGAGGCAACAAGAAGCAAAUCCGAUUGGAAAGCCAAAUGAACUGCACCGUCGUGGCGCUAGCCAUCGUGUACGGGGCGUGUGUGGUGCCGGAGAACGUGUGCAACAUGGUUUCGGCGUACAUGGCGGCCGGGGUCCCGCAGAGCACCAUGGCUCUGUUGCACUUGAUCAGUCAGUUGCUGCUGUUCUUACGGGCCGCCGUGACGCCGGUCCUGUUGCUCUGCUUGUGCCGACCCUUCGGACGGGCUUUCCUCGAGUGUUGCUGUUUCUGCUGUGGGAUCUCGACACACUCCUCGGCCACCGCGAGCGACGACAACGAGCACGAGUGCACGACUGAACUGGAGCUGUCGCCGUUCAGCACGAUCCGCCGAGAGAUGUCCAACUACACCGCGACUGGAUCCCACUGUUGAGUCCGACACCCUGUUCAACACAACCAGGGGCGCCGCUAGCAAGUUUAGGCCCUGUGAAAAUUAGGGCUGCACGAUAAUCGCAAUUAGCAUGAAACCGAUUUGGCUUAUCGCGAUUUUUAAAUCAUUAUUUGUUAUGUGCAGCUUGUCAGUGAAGCACGG